CCAAAUCUGGCGCUGUAGUGACGUCGUCGCCGCGCGGCACUGUGGGAAAUGAGAUGGGCUCCGGAAAAUAUGGCGGAAGCGCUCGAGCCGGAGAAGAAAAGAAGGAGAAUAGAGGAGCUGACUGACAAGUUAGUGAUGAAAUGCUAAAAGAACUUGCGGCAGAAUGGCUGUUGAUGGUGGGUGUGGGGACACUGGAGACUGGGAAGGUCGCUGGAACCAUGUAAAGAAGUUCCUCGAGCGAUCAGGACCAUUCACUCACCCUGAUUUUGAGCCAAGCACCGAAUCUCUUGGGUUUCUGUUGAACACAUGCAAGAUACUAGUCCUUGGAGCAGGCGGUCUGGGAUGUGAGCUACUGAAGAAUCUGGCUUUAUCUGGGUUUCAGCAAAUUGAUGUUAUCGACAUGGAUACAAUAGAUGUUUCUAAUUUGAACAGACAGUUUUUAUUUAGGCCAAAGGAUGUAGGAAGACCAAAGGCAGAAGUAGCUGCUGAAUUCAUCAACAGUCGCAUUCCUGGUUGUAAUGUUACUCCUCAUUUUAAAAAGAUUCAAGAUUUUGAUGAAACGUUUUAUAAACAAUUUCACAUUGUAGUUUGUGGGCUGGACUCAAUCAUUGCACGAAGAUGGAUCAAUGGCAUGCUGGUUUCCCUAUUAAAUUAUGAGGAUGGUGCUUUGGAUCCGAGUUCCAUCAUCCCCCUUAUAGAUGGUGGUACAGAAGGAUUCAAAGGAAACGCGCGUGUGAUCUUGCCAGGAAUGACCGCAUGCAUAGACUGUACACUUGAUCUUUAUCCUCCUCAGAUUAAUUUUCCAAUGUGCACCAUUGCAUCAAUGCCAAGACUUCCUGAGCACUGCAUUGAAUAUGUUCGAGUCCUGCAAUGGCCAAAAGAGCAGCCAUUUGGAGAUGGGGUGACACUGGAUGGUGAUGAUCCUGAACAUAUUCAGUGGGUUUUUCAUAGGGCCCUUGAACGAGCAGCUCAGUUUAAAAUCACUGGUGUCACAUAUAGACUUACGCAGGGAGUUGUGAAAAGAAUAAUUCCAGCUGUUGCUUCUACAAAUGCAGUCAUUGCUGCUUCUUGUGCAACUGAAGUUUUCAAGUUAGCUUCGAGUGCCUACAAUCCUCUUAACAACUACCUUGUCUUUAAUGAUGUUGACGGACUCUACACUUACACUUUUGAGGCAGAACGCAAGGACAAUUGUUUUGCAUGCAGUCCGGUGACCCAGAAGUUACAGUUUCCAUCAUCAGCUAAGCUCCAAGAUGUCUUGGAUUUUUUGAAAGAAACUUCUUCUUUGCAAAUGAAAACCCCAGCAAUAACCACGACAAUGAAUGGGAAGAACAAAACACUUUACUUACAGACUAUUUCCUCAAUUGAAGAAAGAACAAGGCCAAACCUUUCUAGGACAUUGAAAGAACUGGGUCUUACAGAUGGACAGGAGCUGGCAGUCGCCGAUGUCACUACACCUCAGACAGUGUUGUUUAAACUUCAUUUUACAUCCUAACACUUGACCUCCUCACCACUUUGCUGUUGUAAGCAUUGACUAAAUAUAAAUUGUUAUUUCCAGUUACAAAAAUGUAAUCUGGUUUUCAGAUUCUUUUGUGAACUUUCUUGGAAAUGAGCAGGUAACUCCAUGGUGUCUAGGUUUUAGUUAGACAAGUAUUAUGCCCCACAGUUUUUGUUUUUUUCCUCUGAAGGUUCUUUUAAUGUGUUCCAAGCAAUGUUGCUGCAGUAUGUGAGACCAGUAUUUACUAAGUGAGUUAUUUACAGCGGGGUAACUAGUCAUGAAUAUUAAACUGGGGGGGGGGGGGGUUUGGGGGUGCAGUGGCAUUUUUCUCAGAUUCCCCAAAAGUGUAUUUUAAAAAGAUUCAUUCAGUUUUACAUUUUUUUUUUUUGGCUUGAAUAUUUAUUUGUUGUGCACAAUUCUUGGUUUUUAUAGAAGACCACUGAAUUGAGUGUUCUAAAAUUCAAAGUGACUAAUAAUAAAUAUAGAGAUGUGACUUUUGUUUUCUGGAAUGAGAGCUGAAUCAAGUUUAACAGAAAAUAAAAGGUUCACACACAGUUUA